AUGAAUUUUUUACGUGAGUUUUUUGGCGAGCGCAUCAUAUCCAAAGGAUUAUGGCCUCCCCGUUCUCCCGACUUAACACCUCCAGAUUUCUUCCUAUGGGGUUAUCUUAAAGGAAGGGUUUAUAAAAAUAGACCACAAACAUUGGAUGAACUGAAGAGUAACAUAACGAUGGAGAUAAAUUUAAUCAAUGUGAGCGUAUUGCACAAAGUGGCCACAAACGUGGUAAAACGGGUUCGUGCAUGCAUUAAUGAACAAGGCAGCCAUUUUGAGUAUAUGUUAUAA